AUGACCGGAGAAAGUGUAGUGUUAUCUUCGUUUUCCUACCGUGGUACUGACAACCAAAUAUUCAUUGAUCUACCUUUUGAGUGCGGUCUAAAAGGAAACAGCCCUUUUAUGUGGCCUCGCAUAGUUCUCAAUUGUUUUACAAAGGAUACUUCUGGAAAAGAUUGUGUUGUUGGAUAUGGAGUUUUACCAGUUCCUUCAGAACCAGGACAGCAUAUUCACCGAGUUCACUGUUUUAUGCCUGAGUCAUCAUCAAUUGUGCAACGAAUGAUUGCCAAACUUCGUGGUGUGACUGCAGAGUUUGUGGAUCCAUUGUUACCGGCGAAUUCCGAUGGGAGAUACGCUUGUCGGACAUCAACAAGAGGAUAUGUUGACCUGGAGAUCAACGUCAGCAUCAAAAGUUCUGAAACCGGAUAUCGAUUUGCUCCAGGUGCCACUGAAGCCAGAAGCAAUAAUAACAGCAUGAAUGUCCCAUCCUCAAUCGCUGAUCUUGCUGGAAUCGUUGCGGCUGGAAAUGAGCCCAGUGAACUUUUUAGUGUUGACGAGGAAAACGAGGAGUUGGUCUCAAAGAAUUGA